CCUCGACAGACGCCUGAUCAAGAUCACGGUCAAUCAACAAUCCGCUGCUUGCUGCUUGCCGCAAACGUGAGAAUCCGCUGCUUGCUGCUAGGCGCUAGCAAUCUCCCGCAGCCCGGUCAUGGAGGUGGACUCGGCAUCACGGUGGUGGCCUCCGCUGUCGCCUUCGUGGCGCUCAUUAAUUGGCCCUGCGCGCUCGCGCUGGUCGGCAUCGGCACGCCGCCGCCGGGAGACUUCUGUCCGCUCCUCCCGCAGGACGCAAUCCUUCUCAAAAAUCAACCUUUCCAAACUAGACAAAUCAGCUCGACCGCUCUCCCCACGUGUGCAACUCUCCACGCUCCUCAGCCCAGUUCCCGACUCCCCGCGUCCGGCACCACCGCGCAACUCCGUUCCCGUUUCGUGCCACACACCAUGGUGCCGCUGCCGCUCCAACCCCGCCUCGUCCUCGCGCUCACCAUCCUCCUCGCGCUCUGCUCCGCGACGUCCGCCGACCCGCGCACGUCCGUGGCGGGGCAGACGUGCGCGCCGGGCACGGCCGUCUCCGGCUCCGCGCUGGCCGACAACUUCGUGCCGGCCAUGGACGAGCUCAACACCAACGUCAGCGCGCACGGCUUCGGCACCUCCGCCGUGGGCUCGGGCCCCAACACGGUGUUCGGCCUCGGCCAGUGCUUCCGCGACCUCUCCUCCGUUGACUGCAAGCUCUGCUUCGCCGAGGUGCGGUCGCUGCUACCCAAGUGCUACCCGCGCGUCGGGGGCCGCCUCUACCUCGACGGCUGCUUCGGCCGGUACGGCAACUACUCCUUCUUCGGGGAGGCCCUGGACGCCGCCAGCGACGCCCGCGUCUGCGGGACGGCCGCCGAGGGGAACUACACUGGCGCCGACCCGCGGGCGUUCGGGGACGCCGUGCGCGCCGUGCUGGCCAACGUCACCGCGGCGGCGGAGGCUCCGGGGAGCCAGGGGUUCGGGGCGGGGUCCGCGGCGGUCGGGGGCGCCACGGCGUUCGCGAUCGCGCAGUGCUGGGAGACCCUCAACGGCACCGCGUGCGCUCAGUGCCUCCGCGCGGCGUCGGCCGCAGUGGCGCCGUGCGCGCCGGCCGCGGAGGGGCGCGCGCUUUUUGCCGGCUGUUACCUCCGCUACUCCACCAGACAAUUCUGGAAUGUCAACGCCACGGCGGGAUCGAGCUCGUCAGGAAACAGUGGCAUUCUGUGGAUAUGGCUGGGUUCAUUUCUUGGUGCUCUUGCAAUUGUUCUCGUCAUUGCUUUUUUGGCAUGGAAGAAAAGAAUUCUUAGCAGGGAUAAAGGGUGCAACUCCUUCAUAGAUAUGUAUGGAGAUGGACUCUCCAUCAGAAUUGCACAGUCCAGUUUGAAUUUUAAAUAUGAAGAGUUAAGAAAAGCAACAAAUUAUUUUGAUCCAUCAAACAAACUUGGUCAAGGAAGUUAUGGGGCUGUAUACAAGGCUGUUCUUAUGGAUGGAAAAGAAGUAGCUGUCAAGAGACUAUUCCUAAAUACAAGGCAGUGGGCUGAUCAGUUUUUCAAUGAAGUCGACCUAAUAAGUCAAGUUCGUCAUAAGAAUCUAGUUAAGUUACUUGGCUGCAGCAUGAAUGGUCCAGAGAGUUUGCUUGUUUAUGAAUACUACUUCAACAAGAGCCUUGAUCUCUUCUUGUUUGGUACAAGUCAUAGAGGAAAUUUAACCUGGGAUCUCAGGGUCGAUAUCAUUCAAGGCAUUGCCGAGGGGCUCUCUUAUCUCCACGAGGAGUCAGAAAUACGGAUUAUUCACCGAGAUAUCAAAGCCAGUAAUAUUCUAUUGGAUGAUAAAUUGAAACCUAAAAUAACCGACUUUGGCCUUGCAAGAGCUUUUGGAGAAGACGUUACUCAUCUUACCACUGGUGUUGCUGGAACAUUAGGCUACAUGGCUCCUGAAUACAUAGUGCAUGGGCAUUUGACAGAGAAAGCCGAUGUCUUCAGCUAUGGUGUUCUUGUUCUCGAGAUUGUAACGGGGAAAAGAUGUAGCAACUCAAAUGGUUCACACGGAGGACAGGUUUUGUUAACAAAGGUAUGGAAACAGUACAAGGACAACAGAGUCGAGAUGAUUGUUGAUCGAAGCAUCUAUGAAGACUCUAUCAGGGAUGAGAUCAUGCAUAUACUGCAGAUUGGACUGCUAUGUACACAAGCAAAUCCUGAUGACAGGCCUACAAUGGGGAAGGUGGUGGAGCUGCUGAGAAACCACAGGAAUGCUUUGGAGAUUGUCUUGAGUGACCCUCCAUUUCUGAACGUCGAUGCUGUUGAGGACAUCAAAGAAGGGGAACAUUCACGGUUACUGUCCUCAAAUUCUGCUCCGUCACUGUCAGGCUCGUCCCGAUCUUACUUAAGUGGGAGAUAAUCUUGGUUAUUUUUCCCUAGUUCUCAAGAGAAAUAUAUUUAAGAGUUUGUACAGUUAUGUGUGAUGUAAAAUGAUCGUGUUAGACUGGAGGGCACCACCACAAUUGUACAUAAAUAUUUUGUCCCACCAUAAUUGUACAUAAAUACAAGUGAGUUCAUGUGACUUUUGCCAUAUAAAUUUAUAUGAUCCUCUUAAUGAAUCAAGCUAAUAACCCAUUGAUGAA